AUGGCACUGAAAGAGAGAAUCGCCGCGAACAGAUGUCCACGAGCAAAGAUAAAAGAAUUCGACAUUAAUGGUUACAUCGGAGGGGGAGGCUAUGGCGCGGUGGUCGAAGCGGAAUGGAUGAAAAAGAAACGGCUUUGUGUCAUCAAAAUUCAAAACAAAUCUCACCUUGUGGAAAGUAAAGUCACCGAGUCGGUGAUACGGGAGAAAAAAAUCCAAUACGCCUGCAGAUCAGCCUUCAUCUGCAGGGUGCGCUGUUCCUGUCAAGAUUGGAAAAACAUUUAUUUGGUGAUGGAUUACGCACUGUUCGGCGAUCUUCGAAAGAACUUUCAAGAGAAAAAAGACUUCUUCACUGAACGCGCGAUCAAAUUCUGUGUGGCCCAAGUGGUACUGGCGCUUGAGUAUUUGCACGCGUCCGACAUCCUGCACCGAGACCUGAAGUUGGAGAACAUCCUCGUGUUUGAAGAUGGCUACAUCAAAUUGAGCGAUUUCGGCUCGGCGAAACAGGUCCCCGGCACCACGGCGACUUUCGUCGGAACCGUUCACUACUUGCCACCAGAAGUUAUCCACCAGAUACCCUACAGGACCGGAUUCGAUAUAUGGACUCUCGGAGUGCUGAUCUACGUUUUGUUUCACAGAGAUUUCCCAUUCACUGAGGUAUCAUGGAGUAACGCUCGGAAUUUCGACGCUAUCCAAAGCGGGACAUUGACUUUCCCCGGAAAAAGGCCCAUGUCGGAGGACGCCAUCGAUCUCACGAAACAAUUACUCGAGAGAGAGGUAUCCAAGCGAAUCGGAGUCGCGAGAGGAGGUAUCAAGGCGAUCAAGAGGCAUCCAUGGUUCGCCGACAUCAACUUCAUCCAUAUAUUCAGGAAAGAAGUUCCCAGCGACUUCGGCUUCAAACACGUGGAAGCUCGGGAGAUGGAUCCUUCUAUUCUAAUUCCUGAAGUUAAGAUGAGAGAUCCUUUUCGGGAUGAAUUCAUCGAGUUCUGA